ACCAUUUUAAAACUCUAUAUUUUACAAAUAAAAAAAUAGUUUUCAUUAAUGUCAUUAGAUUUUCAGCGCGAAACGGAUUAUUGACUAUAAAUAACUAUAAAUUAAAUUAAUAUUUUUUAAUAUUUGAAAAAAUGGCAAAACUUGCUCAACUUCUAUUUAUAACACUUUUAUUCACUUUGUGGAUAAAUCAAGUAACCUGUGUCGAUGAUGAAAAUCUCGAGGAAAAAUUCAAUAAUAUGAUGAUUAUGUUUACAGGAAUAAAUUAUAUACAUAGAAUACAUCAGACAACAGUGAAUCAAGAACUUUUUAAUAAGAUGAUACAUGAUGUAAUUUUCGAUUUGAAGUGCAGUUACGCUUAUAGUAGUUUACAUUACAUUCGCUUGACAAGAUGUACAAUUCAAUUUAACAACAAAUAUGUUUUCAAUUGGAUAAAAAAUUGUCCUCAAUUUUGCUUUGUAGAUAUUAUUAAGUCAAUGUUGGUGACUAUGAGAAAUUGUAAUCAAUUAACUGAUGUUGACUUUCUUUGGUGGUUUUAUAUGUAUGUAGAACAUUUUGAUACAAUUAUUAAACAUUCAUAUACGAUUUUCAACCAACAAAUAGAUUUCAUGUUACAUAAUACCGUAGAAAAAAAUAUUUUGGAAUUUAUUGAUCAUAAUAAAUGCGAUUCAAAUAAUACUUAUAAUGUGGAGGAUGAACACAUUAAUGUUUACAAAAAAGUACCAGAAACUAGUAGUGACUGGAAUGAUUUUUUACCAGAAAUAUCAGAGAAAAUUUCUGAUCUUAAAUUAUUACUGCAAACACAAUUUCAACAAAACCAAAAAUUUGCCGAAUAUAGUAGCCUUCACAGUUUAUUUGAAUAUAAUCAACUAAGUAUGAACAUUGUGUUGUAUAAAGACGAUGUAUUGAAAUGUUUACUGAAUGAUUUUGGAGAAUUAGAAAACUCUAAUAUUAUUUUUAAAUAUAUAAAAGACGACUAUAAAACAUUAUCAAAAAGGACGGGACUUAUCAAACAUCGAUUUAUUCUUCUCGGGCAGAUGCAACUCAAGAUUAUCAGUCUCCUUAAAAUCAUUAUGCUUCAAAUUAUAUUGAGACAUAUGAAUUAUAUAAAAGAAUAUUUAGAAUCUGAAACCACUGGAAUUUGUGCUAUUUUUAAAAUGUUUUGUAUUCAAUCUGUAUUAAAUAAUGUAAAUACAAGGCUGUGGUACCAAAUUUCAAAUUUUUUUACAUUAACAAGUUUGAGAGAAGACCCUCAUUAUAAGAAAAUUAUAGCUGAUUUUGAAACUAAUAACUUUAAAAAUAAAGAUAAUAUUGACGACAUUGUUGUUAGUAUUCUCAAAAUUAUUGAAGAAUUGUCAACUAACAUAUAUAGUUGUCAGUUAUCAUAUCCAAAACAAAUCGAUUGUAGUUAUGUGAAUAAUUCUAUAUUAAAUAAAAAAUUAAUUUCUAAUCAGCUUAGUAAAUCAUGUGAUGUUGAUGAUGUUCAUUCAUCAUUUAAAGAAAGUAUAUUAAGUGCUUAUGUUUUUGUCAAUUAUGUUAGACAAAAAUUCAAAUUUAUAGAUUUUAAUAUUAUACUCUCUUUCUUAAAAUUUUCAAAAAAUUUAACUGUAUGAAUUCACAUGUGACACAGAAUAAAAUACUGAUAAUUAUAAAAUCACAAUUAGUUGUUUUACAUAUAUAGAUACUAAUGUCUGUAAAUAUUCUAAAUAAUACAAACAAUCCAUAAAGGGUUUAACAUUCAUACAGUUAUUUUAAUUCAAGUCUUUGAAUUGUACUGUAAGAACAUUCUUUAAUGUAUAUAUCAAAUUUAUGUUAACACUAUAUAAAGCCUUGAACAUUCUGUUGAGAAAAAAUCAUUUAACAAAAAGAUAUAUUUUAAUCUAUAAUGAUUACAAUCAAGUAUUACUGCUAUAUAAUAGAAUUGGUAAGUUACUUUAAUUCGACAAGCAAAAUAAUACUUAAAAUAUUUUUUCAAUUUUCAUUGCUAAUUAAUGACUAUUGAUGAACUCAAAUUACAAUAAAUCCAUUAAAUUACUAUGAAAAUCUUUUUUAUUUUUCCUUAUAUAGUCAAGCAUAGAUCACCAUCCCUUACUUUUGAUUUUAACAUUUCUUCUAAAUCUUGAUCAUUAGCAUACCUUGCCAGAGGUUUUUGCAUUUCACGAAUCUCAUAGUUAUGUUGUCUUGAGCAUCUUGCACUUGCUUUACUCCUUUUCCCCAAACAGCAUAUUUUUCUUUAUGUUCUUUUAAUUUUUCCUCUUUUAAAAUUUCGUCUUCUUUUUAUUUUUUUGACAAAUUUUAUAAUCAUAAAUUUUCCAGAAAAUCAAAAAAAUAUACAUAUUAGUAAUUUCUGUUAGUAAAUAAAUCAUAAAUUUCAAG